UAGGGAACAACAUCUCCCUCAAAGCUAUUGGGUUGGUCCUCGACAUCACAUUUCGGUCUUGUUGCAGAUAAUAAGUACUUAUAACAUUUUACUAUCCGGUAAAACUAUUAUCUGCAACAAGCGAAAUGUCGGGGAAAGGUGAAUGCAGCGCAUGGGGAGGGAAGACGGCAUGGGGUCGACAGGAAGAGGAUUGUGAGCCGAUCGUUUCUUUUGUGGAAAUCAUGAGUGAGGACUUGGCAGAUUCGUUGAACGAAGAGGAAAAAAGGAAGGAAGAGGAAUUUUUGAAGGCUGUCGCACAGAGUGAAGCUGAACCGAUGUAUACGAAUGACGAAGAGAUGGCACGGGCUCUGCAGCGUGAAUUUGACCGAGAGUAUGAUUUGUCGGUCAGGUUGGAAGAGGAGAAGCAGAAGGCAAAGAAGAACAUCGCUACUGUGACCGUAACUCCUGAUCGUUACUAUCCAAAAACCACACAGAAUUCUGAUCAGUCAAGCGAUGACGAGGAUGUGAGACAAUUUGCAACGGAGAUGCUCUAUGCAAAGUUGUCGGACGAUGCGCCUGUGCACAGCGGGAACGUUUAUCGUAAUGCUGGAGGGGAGCUCAUUACUAAGCACAAUGCAGAUGUUUCGGCAAAACGCAAUGCGGACAAGGCUAUGAAUGACAAAGUCAAUUUGGCAUUCGGUGAUAUGUGCAAUGAGCAGAUCAAUAGUCGUGUCUAUAACUCACUGAGAAAUUUCUCAAAAGCAGAAUCUAAGAGACAGCACAAAGUCAAAGAUAAGGAAGAAAAGGCGACCAUCGAAACAUCUAUGGAUGCGGUAACUCGUCUUCAUCUUUUCAAGUGGAUCAAUCAAGGCGUUUUCGACAGAGUCGAAGGUGUUAUUGCUACUGGCAAGGAAAGUGCUGUGCUGAAUGCAGUCAGUGAUGAAAAUGGUGAACGAUUUGCGAUUAAGGUUUACAAGACCAGUUUAACUGAGUUCAAGAACAGGUCUGAGUACGUGAAGGACGACUUCCGCUUCAAGAAUCCGCGUGGGGUGUUGAAGAUUUGGGCUGAGCGCGAGUUCAUGAAUCUGACAAGAAUGUCUCGUGUUGGCAUACCGUGUCCUGUUCCGGUGAAAUUGAAGCGUCAUCUGCUUGUUAUGUCGUUAAUUGGUGAGAAUGGCGAAGCAGCUCCUCGUCUCAAAAACAUAGACUGGGAGUUCUAUACCGUCGAAGAGCGGAAAGACAUCUUCUCUCAGGUGCAAGAUAUAAUGUGCCGAAUGUAUAAAGAGUGUAAACUUGUUCACGGCGAUUUGAGUGAAUUUAACUUAUUGCUGGCAGACGGGAAGGUGUAUGUCAUUGAUGUAUCGCAGUCCAUGGAUUUAUCGCAUCCGCGAAAUCUACACUAUCUGAUAAGAGAUAUUGAAAAUGUAUUGGCUUUCUUCCAAAAGCUGGAAAUUCCCGACUUACCGACUUCAGUCGCAUUGUUCAAUCUUAUCACUGACCUCGAAAUGACGGAGGAUGGUUCACUUCUUGUGCAGGUGGAGCGUUUCACGGAGGAGAACAGACUGAAUCUAAUCAACAAAUCGAAACCGGCUGACUUUGAGUGGGCCGCCUACAAUAAAGAAAGAAAGGAUUUGCGUGGCGAGUCGCCCGCCAGGGAGUACAAUUGAUGGAGAUGCAACGAAAUCGUAGAGCGUUCUUUUUCUAUGUGACAUCAAGAAAAAGUAAGAGCAAACCACUUGAUGUGUGCGAAUGUAGACGAAUCAAUCGGCUUAUUGAACAUGAAAAAGGAGCGCUUGCCAGUCUUGUAGUUAGUCUUAGUUGCUUAGAUACUGUUU